AUGCAGAAUACCGAACUUCCGCACUGGAAACCCAUCGUCCUAGAAAAGCGCGCUGCCCAAAGUGCCUUAAUACCCAAAGACUGGCUUCUUCCUGACUCAAUCUUAUCAGAUCCACCUCUAUCAACACUCGAUGCUAUCCGUUCAAGUGGCAUCCUUUCACCAGAAGAGCUCGCAUGGACCGAUACAACUGAUAUCACCGACCUAGUUUACGCUAUUACAACCAGUCGUGUGACGAGUCUACAACUUACAACGGCGUUCUGCAAACGCGCUGCGAUCGCGCAGCAGCUGACAAGAUGUCUAACAGAGAUUUGUUUUGAUAAAGCUCUGAAGCGGGCUCGGGAAUUGGACGAUCAUCUUUUGCGUACGGGGGAGGUUGUUGGGCCUUUGCAUGGAAUCCCGGUGUCGAUUAAAGAUCGAUUUGAGAUCGAGGGACUCGAUACUACUGUCGGUUGGGUUGGCCUCAUUGGUAAACCGGCAAAAUCCUCCUGCGAAAUCGUACAGCUCCUCGAAUCGAUGGGGGCAAUCAUGUACGUUAAGACGAAUAUUCCUCAAUCUCUUAUGAUGGCCGAUUCCUACAACAAUGUGUUCGGUCAAUCGACCAACGCGUUCAACUACAACCUGAUCUCCGGCGGCAGUUCCGGUGGUGAAGGAGCUCUCGUUGGUUGCGGAGGAAGUAUCCUUGGAAUUGGCACAGAUAUCGGUGGCUCCAUUCGAGUGCCUUCUGCACUCCAAGGCCUUUAUUCCAUCUUCCCAACAACGGGGCGAGUACCAUGGGAUUGCUCAUUCCGCCACCAGCAUUACCUUGUCCCGCCCGUGGCAGGCCCAAUGGCGUCUUCUCUCGCAACAACGGAGUAUUUCAUGCAGAGCCUAUUAGCCUCGAAUCCAUGGAAUAUUGACCCAUCAGCUAUUCCCAUUCCCUGGCGAACGGAACUUGCGACUCCGCCCACAGACGGGAAAAUGAGAAUUGGCAUCGUUCUUGACGAUGGUGUUGUGAAACCGCAACCGCCUGUUACACGGGCAAUGAACGAGACUAUUCAGGCCUUACGUGCAGCGGGACAUGAAGUGAUUGAAUGGGACACAUCCCUCCACGCACCAGCAACAGAAAUGUGGACUAAAGCCAUCCUCGGCGAAGGUGGCGUCCAUUGCCGGAAUCUGUGCAAGAUAAUCAACGAGCCUCUUAUAGAGGGUAUGCUCGUCGGUACAGAGAAGGAUAUGCUAAGUAUUGACGAGCGCGAGAUAGUCGAACAAGAGAAAUACGCUCUUUCAACCGCCAUGCUAAAACAAUGGCUGGAAACUGGUAUCGAUGCCCUUCUUAUGCCUGUUAUUCCGUGGGUUGGAUACAAGCCUAAGACGUGGGUGAAGAGCAAGCAGUGGGUUGGAUAUACUGGGAUGUGGAAUUUGCUGAAUUAUGCUUCUGUUACGGUGCCUGUUGCUAAGGCGGAUCGGGAACUUGAUGCUGUGGGUGGAGUGAAGAAUGUCGAGUGGGAGGGUCAUAAGGUGAGGAAUGAGUCUGAUGCGUUCAAUUACGAGCAAUAUGAUAUUGAGCUUGUACAUGGGAUGCCUAUCUGUGUGCAGAUUGUUGGUGGGAGAUUCGGAGAGGAGAAGGCAAUUGCUGCAGCGAAGGUGGUGGAUCAGUUGAUGAACUCGACUCCAUUCCAUCCGUUUAAUUGA